UUGUUACACAACAACCCCUUAGAGGAAGGGCUAAGCAAGGAGGACAGCGGGUAGGAGAAAUGGAGGUUUGGGCUCUAGAAGGGUUUGGUGUUGCUCAUAUUUUACAAGAGAUGCUUACUUAUAAAUCUGAUCAUAUUAGAGCUCGCCAAGAAAUACUUGGUACUACAAUCAUUGGAAGAACAAUACCUAAACCUGAGGAUGCGCCAGAAUCUUUUCGAUUACUCGUUCGAGAACUACGAUCUUUGGCUUUGGAACUUAAUCAUUUCCUUGUAUCUGAGAAGAACUUCCAGAUGAAUAGGAAGGAAGCUUAAUCGGAAUGAAUCAGAAUUUUUCUUCUAUGAUCGAUCGGUAUAAACAUCAACAACUCCGAAUUGGAUCAGUUUCUCCUCAACAAAUAAGUGCUUGGGCCAAUAAAAUCCUACCUAAUGGGGAGAUAGUUGGAGAGGUGACAAAACCGUAUACUUUUCAUUACAAAACCAAUAAACCUGAAAAAGAUGGAUUGUUUUGUGAAAGAAUUUUUGGGCCGAUAAAAAGUGGGAUUUGCGCUUGUGGAAAUUAUCGAGUAAUCGGGGAUGAAAAAGAAGACCCUAAUUUUUGUGAACAAUGCGGAGUCGAAUUCGUGGAUUCUCGGAUACGAAGAUACCAAAUGGGCUAUAUCAAACUGGCAUGCCCAGUAACCCAUGUGUGGUAUUUGAAGCGUCUUCCUAGUUAUAUCGCGAAUCUUUUAGAUAAACCUCUUAAAGAAUUAGAAGGACUGGUAUACUGCGAUGUGUGAUUUGAUCAAUACCCAAAUUUUUCUUUUGCUAGGCCCAUAGCUAAAAAACCUACUUUCUUACGAUUACGAGGUUCAUUCGAAUAUGAAAUCCAAUCUUGGAAAUACAGCAUCCCACUUUUCUUUACUACCCAAGGCUUCGAUGCAUUUCGAAAUCGAGAAAUGUCUACUGGAGCAGGUGCUAUACGAGAACAAUUAGCCGAUCUGGAUUUGCGAAUUAUUAUAGAUUAUUCGUUGGUAGAAUGGAAAGAAUUAGGGGAAGAAGGGCCCCCGGGUAAUGAGUGGGAAAAUAGAAAGGUUGGAAGAAGAAAGGAUUUUUUGGUUAGACGCAUCGAAAUAGCUAAGCAUUUUAUUCGAACAAAUAUAGAACCAGAAUGGAUGGUUUUAUGUCUAUUACCAGUUCUUCCUCCCGAGUUGAGACCGAUCAUUCAGAUAGACGGGGGUAAACUAAUGAGCUCGGAUAUUAAUGAACUUUAUAGAAGAGUUAUUUAUCGGAACAAUACUCUUAUCGAUUUAUUAGCAACAAGUAGAUCGACACCGGGGGAAUUAGUAAUGUGUCAGGAGAAAUUGGUACAAGAAGCUGUGGAUACACUUCUUGAUAAUGGAAUCCGCGGACAACCAAUGAGGGACGGUCAUAAUAAGGUUUACAAGUCGUUUUCGGAUGUAAUUGAAGGCAAAGAGGGAAGAUUUCGUGAGACUCUGCUUGGCAAACGGGUGGAUUAUUCGGGUCGUUCUGUCAUUGUCGUGGGUCCCUCCCUUUCAUUACAUCAAUGUGGAUUGCCUCGCGAAAUAGCAAUAGAACUUUUCCAGCCAUUUGUAAUUCGUGGUCUAAUUAGACAACAUCGUGCUUCGAACAUGGGAGUUGCUAAGAGUAAAAUUCGGGAAAAAGAGUCAAUUGUAUGGGAAAUACUUCAGGAAGUUAUGCAGGGGCACCCCAUAUUGCUGAAUAGAGCACCUACUCUGCAUAGAUUAGGCAUACAGGCAUUCCACCCCAUUUUAGUGGAAGGGCGCGCUAUUUGUUUACAUCCAUUAGUUUGUAAGGGAUUCAAUGCAGAUUUUGAUGGGGAUCAAAUGGCGGUUCAUGUACCUUUAUCUUUGGAGGCUCAAGUGGAGGCUCGUUUACUUAUGUUUUCUCAUAUGAAUCUAUUGUCUCCAUCUAUUGGGAAUCCAAUUUCCCUACCAACCCAAGAUAUGCUUAUUGGGCUCUAUGUAUUAACGAGCGGGAAUCGCCGAGGUAUUUGUGCAAAUAGGUAUAAUCCAUGUAAUCGCAUAAAUUAUCAAAAUGAAAAAAUGGAUGCCAAUAGCUAUAAGUAUACGAAAGAAAAAGAACCCUUUUUUUGUAAUUCCUAUGAUGCAAUUGGAGCUUAUCGUCAGAAAAGAAUCAAUUUAGAUAGUACUUUAUGGCUCCGGUGGCAACUAGACCAACGCGUUAUUGCUUCAAGAGAAGCUCCUAUCGAAGUUCACUAUGAAUCUUUGGGUACUUAUCAUGAGAUUUAUGAGCACUACUUAAUAGUAAGAAGUAUAAAAAAAGAAAUUCUUUGUACAUACAUUCGAACCACGGUUGGUCCUAUUUCUCUUUAUCGAGAAAUCGAAGAAGCUAUCCAAGGGUUGUGCCGGACCUGCUCAUAUGGUACCUAAC